AUGCUGAAGUUAUUAGUACUGGCUACAUUUGUUUGCGUUGUAUCAUCGCUUGGCAUCGGCCGAACCCAAUCGUCUGGUGUGUCCGGAAAGUUGAUUUGUGAUGGAAAACCCGCUGCUGGUGUCACCGUCAAAUUGUAUGAUGAUGACAGAGGUAUGUAUUUUGCGGAAUAUUGCUCAAUAAAUGUAACUCUAUGGCCGAAAAAUUCAUAAAU